AGAAGUUGGAGCUGUUGUUCGUGUGACUGGAGAUCCGGUGCUCCACCUCACACUUUUACAGGAUAUACGCUCUUUAUUCAGGGGGUUAAUAUUAGUGAGUUUGGGUUUUUUUUUUUAUUCUAAACCGUGAAUAUAAAGUUUUAUUAUUGUUGUUGUUGUCUGUGUUAGUUGUCGCUGAGCCGACUAUAAGUUAGCACAGUUAGCACAGUUAGCUUAGCACUAGCUCGCUGCCUCCCGGCGCUGAGGAUGCCGACUGUGCGGGACAGCAGCGCGAGCCACCCGGGCGACAAUCCGCUCCAGGUCCGGGUCAAGGCCUACUACCGCGGGGACAUUAUGAUCACACACUUUGAGCCGUCCAUCUCGUAUGAGGGUCUGUACACUGAGGUGAGGGACAUGUGCUCUCUGGACAACGACCAGCUCUUCACCAUGAAGUGGAUUGAUGAAGAAGGAGACCCCUGCACCGUGUCUUCUCAGCUGGAGCUGGAAGAAGCACUUCGUCUCUAUGAACUGAACAAAGACUCUGAGCUCAUCAUCCACGUAUUUCCGUGUGUCCCAGAGAAACCUGGCAUGCCUUGUCCAGGAGAAGACAAGUCAAUUUAUCGGCGUGGAGCUCGACGCUGGAGGAAACUCUACUAUGCUAAUGGACACGCAUUCCAGGCCAAACGCUUCAACAGGCGUGCACACUGUGCUAUCUGCACUGACCGGAUCUGGGGUCUCGGCCGCCAGGGCUAUAAGUGCAUCAGCUGCAAACUGCUCGUCCACAAGAAGUGUCACAAACUCGUCACUCUGGAGUGUGGCAGACAGAUACAGGAGCCAGUGUUGGAGCGAGUGGAUCAGGUACCACACCCAGCUGAACACCCAGAGUCAGUUCUCCCUCAUAAGAACUCCAGCGAGAGCAUCAACCACAUGGGAGAGGAGCAUGAGGCGGUGAGCAUCAGAGACCCAGGUAAAGCCCCCUCCAGUCUGGGUCUGUCUGAUUUCGACUUGCUCAGAGUAAUUGGACGAGGAAGCUACGCUAAAGUGCUGCUGGUGCGCCUCAAAAAAACAGAGCGCAUCUACGCCAUGAAGGUCGUCAAGAAGGAGCUCGUUAACGACGACGAGGACAUAGACUGGGUCCAGACUGAGAAGCACGUGUUUGAACAGGCCUCCAAUCACCCGUUUCUGGUGGGCCUUCACUCCUGCUUCCAGACUGAGAGCAGACUCUUCUUCGUGAUUGAGUAUGUGAAUGGUGGAGACUUGAUGUUCCACAUGCAGCGACAGAGAAAGCUUCCAGAGGAACACGCCAGGUUCUACUCUGCUGAGAUCAGUCUGGCUCUGAACUACCUGCACGAGCGUGGCAUCAUAUACAGAGAUCUGAAACUGGACAACGUCCUGCUGGAUUCUGAGGGACACAUCAAACUCACUGACUACGGCAUGUGCAAGGAGGGUCUGAGGCCUGGAGACACCACCAGCACAUUCUGUGGGACCCCAAACUAUAUUGCCCCUGAAAUCCUGAGAGGAGAGGACUAUGGGUUCAGUGUGGACUGGUGGGCAUUGGGGGUGCUGAUGUUUGAGAUGAUGGCAGGCAGGUCUCCGUUUGACAUUGUGGGCAGCUCAGACAAUCCUGACCAGAACACAGAGGAUUAUUUAUUCCAGGUGAUCUUGGAGAAGCAGAUCAGAAUCCCCAGGUCUUUGUCAGUGAAAGCAGCCAGCGUACUGAAGGGAUUUCUCAACAAAGACCCUAAGGAACGCCUGGGUUGUCAUCCUCAGACAGGUUUUGGUGACAUUACGGCUCAUCCUUUCUUCAGAAAUGUAGACUGGGAACUGAUGGAACAGAAGCAGGUGGUUCCUCCAUUUAAGCCCAACAUCUCUGGUGAAUUUGGACUGGACAACUUUGAUGCCCAGUUCACCAACGAGCCGAUCCAGCUGACCCCUGACGAUGAUGAUGUGGUGAAGAAGAUUGACCAGUCAGAGUUUGAAGGCUUCGAGUACAUCAACCCACUGCUGAUGUCAGCGGAGGAGUGUGUGUAAGGAGAGUGCACCGCCUGUGUGCAUCUUUGUGUCUGUGUAUGAGUGUGUGUGUGAGUGUGUGACUGACUGUGUGAGUGUGUGUAGCUACCAUUGUGUUUGCCAAUUAUUUUUUAUUAUACUGUGUAGAUUUGCUCCUCACUUUCUCUCUCCUGUCUGUCUCACUCUGUCCGUUGCUGCUGAGCCUUGGACACUAAUGACCAAAUUAAACACUACAUGUUUAUACACACACACACACACACACACACACACACACACACACACACUAGAGCUUGUUAUUAAGUACAUCCUUUUACAGUUAAUUAUGCAUUCCUUACACACUACAGGCUAGACACUACUCUCAUUCAGUCAUAACGUGUGUGUGUGUGUGUGUGUGUGAGAGAGAGAGAGAGGGAGUGUGUGUGUACAAGAGCUCUGUCAUGACCUCCUCUGUUUUUAGAUGAAAUGAGACACUAAUGGAAUUCCACUGUUCUUAUUCCUGUUAUUUUUAUUAUUAUUGUUAUUAUUUUUGUUUCCCUGAUCAAGCUGUUAAAUGGAAAAAAUCAGUUUUAAAUAAAAACACAUGGGAUAAUAA